CAGGGGAGCUUCGGGGCACGGAGCUGGCAAGAAUCCGCGGGGGAACUGGCAGGAGGACGGUCCUGUCACCGCUCAGGGGGAAUUAGGAGGGGGGCACGGCAGUGGGGACACAGCCCUGUCACCCCUUCGUGGGACUGAGACCCACGCAACAGGGCAGAGCAUGAGUUUGGCCAGUCCACGGUUCCCCCACACUGGGGAAAAACCCUCAGGGGAGCAAUGGGAGUCCCACAGCCAUGGGGAGCUGUCACAGCUUCCACUUCAGGGCGGCCCCACACGCAGCUGUCCCACCCCGGGUCACCCCCAGGUGGGACCCCCUGGAUGCCCAGGCUCACCUGGCUCCCUGUCCCCCGCAGCAAACGGUGGCGGGACCACUGCCCACUGGCUGGAUGCCGACUACCUCUUCAGCAGCGAUGCUGCCCACCCCGACACUCGCAGCAUACACGAGAGUCUCAGUUACCUGGAGGGCAGAGCCACGGUCUUUCACUCCUGUUACCUCUCAGUGUGUGCGAGCACCCGAGCUGCAGAGAGGCCCGCGGUGAUUCUGGGCCACUUCGUCCUGCCCCCUGCCUGCCUGCAUGAAGAAAUCAGAAGGAAAAUUGGCCGGUUUAUUUGGGAGAAGACAGAUGCCAUUGAAGAACAGCCCAGCGAAAAUCCUACAGAGGAACAAGAAGCAGCAACAAAUGGCUGUGAGGAAAAAUCAGAGGAGGAAGUGCUAGACCUGGCUGAGAGUGAAGAAACAGACUCUGAAGCACCUGCCCAGGGAGAACUUCCAUAUCGUGCCCUCCAGGAAUACCCAGUAAAUAACAUGGUGACAGGCUAUGCCUCUGCACGGGACAUGAAGAAAUAUGAGGGGGAACUCCAUGACUUUAUCCCUGGCACCUCAGGCUAUGCAGCGUACUGGGUUCAAAGCAAGUGCAGCAUUUACUGCGAGAAGACCAAAAUGAAGAGGAAAUGGUAAGAAACAGGUGGCUGGAGCAGCAAAAACUUCAAUGUAAGAGCUGCAGGAUGAUUUAUAAAUUAUGCAACUGCAGCUCAGAGCAUUCAAUGUUAUUUAAGUACUGACUACAGUUAUAGCAGUAAUUACUUAAACUAAAUUUCACAACAAACAUAAAUACAGACAUUUUCUCCCAAAACACAUAUAUUUUCUUUUUAUUGUGGGGCGGGGGGGUGGUUUAAGCUCUGCUUUAACUAGUUUAAGCAAGUUUUUCUUGAAGGGACAAUCCAAGGUCUCCUCUCUUUCAUUUAGUCAAGGAAUUCUAAGACUUUUCCCUUUCAUUUAAGCACUUGGAAGUGACCAAUAGGGUUGCAAAAAGCAACUUUUAUUAUGGUACAGUCUGAUCCUCGGGCUGUUCACUUGGAGGAAGCACAGGAAAACCUAGGACAGGCUCCCACGAGCUCCAAGGAGCCACCAUGGUUGUUCUCCCACUGCCCCAAAGGCAGGAGAGCCUCUAAA